AUGGGGGAAGGAUGGCCGGAGGAGUGGAAAACCGGACUUAUAGUACCACUGGUAAAAAAAGUAGAGCGAAAGAAAUUAGAAGAUUAUAGGGAGAUAACACUAAUGCCAGUAAGCUACAAAGCUUACGCAGAGGUGUUAAGAAGCAGGUUGGAAAAAGAGGUGGAGAGGAAUGGAGAAAUCCCACAUAAUCAAGCAGCAUUUAGGACAGGUAUGGGCACGAUGGACCAUGUCUACACCCUAAACUAUGUGGUAAAUAGACAUUUAAGGGAAAAAGUAGGAAAACUGAUGGCUCAUGCAUUAGGAAGAGGGCUCAUGCAGGGUUGUCCGUUAAGCCCCAUUCUUUUCAGCUUAUUAAUGGCGGAUUUGGAAGAAAAGCUGAAGCGAAGAGGAAAAGGAGGGAUAAAAUUAGAAAAAGGAAAAAUCUACUCACUUGCGUAUGCAGAUAAUAUAGUAUUAAUGGCAGAUAAGGAGGCAGGAAUGAGGUUAUUGAUGAAAAAAUUCGAGAAAUAUGUGAGAAAAAAGAUUUAUGGGUGA